AUGGCACAGAACCAAAAUCCGAUUUUCUUCCAACAAUCACCAGAGCAAGCCCAACUUCAACAAUAUCUCCAACUACCUACGAUAAACACCAACAACAACAGUUGGGAUAACGGGCGCGCCGACGACUGGUUCACUGACCUCGGACUCUCGUCCGACCCCAUCGAGGACAGUGCUCUGCCGGCCUCUCCGCCUUUGACGCAUUCGUCUUCGCCUUUGUCUCAUUCGUCUCCGGCUCAUAGGUCGUCGAGUCCUUCGGGUGUGCCGGCGACUCCUGCGCUUGACUUUGACGCUGACCAGGACGCUUGGGCACCUCUCCCUGGCAUCCUCCCAGAGUCUUUUGACGCGAUGCAAACGGCAGGUUGGAUGCACACCGGCGGCCCAGGGCCAGUCACCCGUUUCUCGCACCAGCGGGAUUCUUCUCGGUCGUCCAUGGGCUCGAACGGCCCUCCAUCGCCGUUUCCGUGCAACUACACAAACCCCCAAAUUGCCAUGAACGACCCGCAUGAUCCCCAGUACUUUCCCGUACCAGACGACCUAAGUAUGGGCAAUUACAAGCUGGCACAAACACCCAAGACGUUCUCUAACAUCAACAACGACGCCUACAAUUCCGGCCUCACCUCUUACGGACCUAUCGACAACACCGGCACCUCAGGCUACCCAUACCAGCCUGCUGCACCAAUACGGAGGAACGACCGAGGCCUCGUACUUCCGACUGGGCCGUCUAGGUCACAGCCCGCAUCGGCAGCGAGUUCUUUGGCACCUGACUCUCCCGCCACGCCGCCCGAGGCGGACAAGAAGCGCAACGGUGGUGAGACUAGUUCUAAUCCCUUCGAUUGCGUUGCAAACAUGUUGAACUCACCAUCAGUCGGCACCAUAGUCACCCCCCCACUGGUCCCAAACACCCAACGCGCCAUAGACGAGUACGCAAGCUCGUUCUUCAACCCCAACUUCUCCGUACCACCGCAGUCGUCGGCUCAGACAUCAAUAUCGCCGACGACCAACCUCUUCGGCCAGCGAGUACAAGCUGCCAACAACCAGCAUUUAUCGGCCGUGACAAACUCGCCGGUCUCGUCGGCAUCCCACGACCGGUCGCCGUUCCGCCCCGGGUCCCCCCUGGCUGGCAUACCUUUGGAAGACUCGUACGUCGCUGCCGCAUCGGGCGCCCUAGGGUCUAGCCAUAUGCGGUUGGGUGCGGCGCAGAAAAUGCGGCAACAAGACAACAACGCCAUGCGAAAGGCGUUGGGGCAGUCCAUGGGGAUGACGACGCCUCAGACCAUCUCGCCCAAGGAUGCGAUGCUCGACUACCGCGAGUCCGAGGGUGAUGGGGACUUUCCCCUUUUCCAUCAACCAGACACCACCGGUUUUGAUGCCGACGCCAUCAACAAGGCGGCCGCGGCGCAUAGCCAGCAAGUGUUCCAUGGGAUUCCCAUGGGCAACAACAACGCCUUCAACAACUUGCUCGGCUCAUCGAUGCCGUCGGGCGUGCCACCCCAGCGGCAGUUUCCGUUCGUACCUCGACCACGAACCGCGGUGCCUUCGAAUAGCAACACCUCGAGGGCGACGACGAGGUUGGGGUCUGCGGAUACCGGGGCGACAGAGUUGACACACGGCGCCCCUCAACGGCCGGCUGAUACCCGCGCCGACGGCGGCACUUAUACGUGCACUUACCACGGCUGCACAAGGCGCUUCGACACGCCAGCUCUGCUGCAGAAGCAUAAGAGGGAAGGCCACCGGCAAGGCCAUGGGCUCGGCGGUCAACGACGUCCAGAGGUCCCGGGCGCGGAAUCGUCUCUGGUCAACACGCAGGCCGGUCCGCACCGGUGCGACCGCAUCAACCCGAGCACCGGAAAGCCCUGUAACACGCUCUUCUCGAGACCCUACGACCUUACCCGGCACGAACACACCAUCCACAAUGCUCGCAAGCAAAAAGUCCGGUGCGAGCUCUGUACCGAUGAGAAGUCUUUCAGCCGGGCGGACGCACUCACUCGGCACUACCGCGUGUGUCACCCGGAUGUUGAGUUCCCGGGAAAGCAUCGCAAGCGCGGAGCCCGCGGUAGCUGA